AAGCGAUAUUUCCUGCCUGGAGACGAAAAAAGACCUUGGAGGAUGAAUUCACAGAUGUGAGAUUGCAGAAGUUGGAACAACAGAGACAGUUAUUAGAGAAGAGGCAGCACAGGAAACGCCAGGAGCCCCUCAUGGUCCAGGCCAAUCCGGAUGCUUCCCUGAGGCACUGGCAACCCCGGCGCGGGAAGGAGCGCUUUCAGAGUGAUAGCGGCUGGGGCCUUAGGAACCCUUUCCUUCAAGAGAACGUACCACAGGCACAUCUGCCCUCUAGAGCCCACAGUGCCCUGGUCACCAUGAGCUAUGUUGGAAAUGGCAGUGGGGAGCGAGCCCCCCUACUGACACCUAGAGGAGCAGCGUACAGUCAGGGGGAAAAUGGCCCUGCCGUCCGCCACCUAGGCUGGCUCUCAGACAACUUGGACUCAGAUGUGGAGGAAGCCAACAUGGAGGACAUCCCAGUGGUCCCACGACCUUACACAGCACAUCUGGCAACUCGUCGCAGGAGUUGGUUAGCCUCCCCAGGACCUGUUAUCAGUGAGGAGGAAAAAAAUGAAUCCAGGAAUGUUGUAGUUGAACACGAGGAACCCAGUCCGGACCCAGCGCCUGUAAUGAACCCUGAUAUGGGACAUGGAGACUUGGCAUCCUGCAAGGUGGAAGAAGACACAGCAAUGAAGAAUAUAGAAACAAAGCCAGCUUCUGACGUUGUGGAUGAAGACCUGGAAAAGAAGAAAGAGGCCUCAGAGUCUGCAGAGACAAAUGCCCCACUGGCAGCCAAGGUCGAGGUGUCCAAGGUCCCGCAAGGCAGUGGUGACACCAGCAACCACAAGAUGUGGAACAUGACCUGCAUGCUGCCCCACACCCCAGGUCCUUGGCUAGGUGAAGACUUAGAGGCAUAUGUGCUGCUGCCCGCACCUCAAGAGCACAUGGUGCAGUGCCGGAUCAUCUGCAACAAGCAGGGCAUGGCCAAGGGCAUGUUCCCUUCCUACUACCUCUACCUGGAGGCAGAGAACGGCGUCGCAGUACGCUCCUGCCCCUUGGGGCACUUCCUCUUAGCUGGACGGAAAAGGAAAAAGAGCAAAACCUCUAAUUACCUCAUCUCCCUAGACCCCAAAGACUUGUCUCGGAAUGGGAACAACUUUGUAGGCAAAGUCAGAUCCAAUGUCCUGGGUACGAAGUUCACCAUCUUUGAUAAUGGGGUGAAUCUUGAGCGCAACUACUGUAUCCCAGAUAAUGCCCGGAUCAGAGAGGAGCUGGGAGUUGUGUGUUAUGAGACCAACAUCUUGGGAUUCCGGGGGCCUCGAAAAAUGACCGUGAUCCUCCCAGGAAUGGACAGUCGAAAACAGAGAAUGAGAGUUCAGCCUCAAAAUGGUGACGACUCCAUAUUGAGUUGCUUCAAAAAAGGUGCUAGACAUGGGCUGGUCCUGCUGCAAAACAAGGCCCCAUCAUGGAGCAAUGAGAGUGGCGCCUACGUGCUUAAUUUUCACGGACGGGUCACUCGGGCCUCGGUCAAGAACUUCCAGAUCAUGCACCCGGAUGAACACCACCUGGUGCUCCAGUUCGGCCGUGUGGCCUCAAACGUAUUCACUAUGGAUUUCCGAUAUCCGUUUUGCCCACUCCAAGCCUUCGCCAUCUGCCUAUCUAGUUUCGAUAGAAAACUGGCGUGUGAGUAAUUGAAUAAAAUACCAACCCUCACCAGCUUCUGGCCUGUGUGUUUGGAGAAAGAUUCCCACAUGCCUCUCUCCUUUUUAGUUUUUUCUUUUUUUAAUUUUUUUAUUAGUU